CCCGCGUGCAUCCCCUCCCCACGCACGCGCGGCGCCGGCCGCAGAAACAAACCGGUCGCAUUAUGCAAUGUUGCAAUGUUGCGCGGGGCGGUCGGCGGCGGAGGCGGCGGGCGGCUGCGGCUGCGGCGGCGACGGGGCGCGUCAGUCUGCACCGGGUGGCGGUCCGGGAGGCGCACGCAGGGUGCUCACUGCACGCGCGGGUUGGUGCACGGCUGUGAGCACGCCGGAAGUGAUUGCCAUUGCAGGCGGCGGCCGCACGGCGCAAGACUCGGCACGGAACGAACGAGAAAAAAAGUGGGAGUUGAGGACGCAGAGGAUCGAUAGAGGAGACGUUUGAAGGACCAACAGGGGACAGAGCAGCCGCCAGGACUGAGCAUAAAGCUGGUCCUGGGAUACCACACGGAGGAUGAGCUCCGUCAUCACAUCAAUCAACCGGCCUCCUUCGCAUGAGCGGCAGGACGAGGACCCAACCAUGGCCGCUGAUGACGCGGAGGAGUGCAGACAGCCUUCGGCCAUCAACCUCAGCACUCCGCGGCGCACUCCGGAACACUCAGAGCACUCAGACAACAACACGAGCUCAGUGAUUCGCGUCGCCAGCAGCCUGGCCUCGGAGCACGCGCCGUCACCGCUGACCAUCAAGAGUCAUGAAUCGCUCACCGGUUCGUCCCCGAUGAUGGUACCGCACGGCCUUCAGCACAUGCAGCAUCUGAUUCAGCAGCACCUCAGCCCAGCGCAGUUCCAGAACUUCUUCCAGCAGCAGGGGCUGCUGAUGCAACAGCAGCAGCACCAUCAGUUGGCCGAGAUCAACAAGAAACAGCUCGAGGACGGCGUGCGACAGCUGCAGGAGCAGCUUCAGCUCAUCAUGUACCAGCAGAACCAGGCCGUGCACGACAAGAGCAAGUCAGCGGCGCUGUCGCUGCACCAGUCGCAGCUGAUGCAGCAGCUUCAGCUGCUCCAGCAGCGCUAUCUGCUGCAGCAGGCCGGCAUGGGCCAGCCGGGCGCACCAGCAGGUGUGGCCACCAGUGAGGCGAGCGGCCCGCCAUGGGAGCAGAGCUCCGAGCGGCGGCCCGAGGCGCCCUCACCACCCGCCAGCAGCCUGUCACCUCCCGUGGCGCCGCCGCCGCCGCCGCCACUCGUCAACGGUCGCCGCUCCGAUCUGCGCGCUGACCUGCGCAACGGCGUCGACGAGGAGCGCUCGACCGACGACGACGACCUGGCGGCCAAGACCAGUCCGCUCUUCUCCAACGGCAUCUGCAACUGGCCCGGCUGCGAGGCGCCCUGCGAGGAUAUGGCCGCCUUCCUCAAGCACCUCAACACCGACCACGUGCUGGACGACCGCUCGGCGGCGCACGCGCGCGUCCAGGUGCAGGUGGUACAGCAGAUGGAGAACAACCUGGCCAAGGAGAAGGCCCGCCUAGCCGCCAUGAUGGCUCACUUCCACAUGGCCAGGGAGAAGAUGGCGGAGCCCCCUCUGCCCGAGCCACCGGUUGUAUCCACCCACCCGAAGGUGUCAGCCUCGGUGUUCCCGUCUACCGCCCCGGCUAGCCAGCUGCUGUCCGGCCACCCGUUCCUGCGCUCAGCUAUCCUGCAGGGAGGUGCUCCCCCAGUCGCCUCCACGGCCAGCGCAGUCGGCCCGGUGCGCCGUCGAGCCAACGACAAGAGCCUCACGCCAGGCCCGUAUGAUGAGGCGCCGACACAGACCCAGAGACGGCGUGUGGCCGAGAGGGCCGGCCAGGAUAUCACAGAGGAGCUGUCCAGAAACCGGGAGUUUUACCGUACCACAGACAUUCGGCCGCCCUUCACAUACGCCUCGCUGAUUCGUCAGGCUAUUGUCGAGUCCCCGGACAAGCAGCUUACCCUGAAUGAGAUCUACAGCUGGUUCCAGAGCACGUUUGCAUACUUCCGCCGCAAUGCCGCCACGUGGAAGAACGCCGUCAGACACAACCUUUCCUUGCACAAGUGCUUCACCCGCGUGGAGAAUGUCAAGGGGGCUGUGUGGACGGUGGACGAGGUGGAAUUCUGCAAACGGCGCCCGCAGAGAUCGGCUGGACAGACACGCAGUCCGACACUGUCCAACAGUCCCACCCUGUACGGAGACACCAUCAGCUCUGGUCUGCAGUCAGCGCUGGUCGACUCCAACCUGCCCUUCAUGGCCAACGCCGCCGAGCGGCUGCGCGAGAUGCGUGAGCGGGACGCACCCACGCUGCUGGGCCUACAGCGGCGCUCCGCCAGUCCGCCGUCCCUAGUGGCGGCUCGGCACCGACCGGCCAGCGGCAGCCCCGAGCUUCGGCUGCCCGUCACCAGCCUGCUCAACGACACACCGCACGCGCCCCAGCCGCCCCCGGCCGGCCAGCACACCGAGUACACCGACAACCCGCGGACCCCCGAGUCGCGCGACGGUGGCGCCAGCCGCGACGCUGUGGCCGAGAACGGAAACAACGGCGCUGAGGACCUGAGCAUGCCGGCGGUGAAGAUGGAGUACACUGAGAGCAACCAGUCCAUGGAGGCGGCCAGCGCGUGAAGAGGUUACCUCAGCCCGCUGAACAGAUUUAUGGCGAAGGAUGCGCCGUUACCACCUGUGAAACGCCACCUCUGAGAGAAGACUGAACGCCUGCCACUGCCGGGACGGCCAACUGGAGGCGCCAUGGACGCUGGCUAUGUGUACAGAAAGAGAGAGAAUCUAGCAGCGGGCAGCCGGGCCUCAUCAAGCGCUGGCCCGCCGCAGGGGCCGGCCGGCGUCUCCGUUAUACAGUGGGGCGCCGGCCGGCCAGGCCCAUUGUAGAGGCCACAGACCUUGAGAGGGACAUAUGACGGCCUCAUUUACAGCCGCCGAUGUGUUUGGCGGCGGCGGUAACGCGAGAGAGAGGGCAGCCCCAGCCCGGCCGUUUUUUGUACCUGUGAAUAUUUUUUGCACGUACCUGUGUACAUGUUGUGCAUAGUUGUCAAACCUCAUCCUACGGGUUUUGUUGCCGCGCGCGCAGUGUGUGCGCGCGGCACAUCCGCCGCCGGCGACGCGUGCGCGCUCUCACACCAGUUCUCACCCUGUCCCGGUCCGCUGGCCGAGCGGAGGCGAGACUCACAGCAAUAGUUCCCUAUAGUACAGCCAGUACAAAAGCGCUGCGCGUGCCGCCCGCGGCCGUGUCGAUCUCUGGUCAGUUCUGCGCGGACUGCCGCCACAUGCUCCAGUGCAACUCCAUAAAUGUGGGCGCCGUGUUUUGUACGGCUCGAGCGCUGCCAGCCGGCCGGCCGAGCGCCGCGCCGACCGUGUGUGACGUCACACAGCUCUGUCUGUCUGUCUGUGUGUCUGUGUGUCUGUGUGUGAGAGUGACAUCCAACCGGUGACGGCCCGAGGCACGCGCCCGCUCUGAGCUUAGGUCGGCGCGCCUCCGCCGGCCUGCGAGUGACAGAGAGGCGGCCGGGGCUGCGGGGUAUGGCGGUCUGACCGCUCCAAGUCCGACGACGGAAUCAGGGAUGAUGAAUCGGGUUACACGCUCUGGCGCCGCAGCGGCCAGCAUCCGCAAAUUCUAGAGGGAGAGAGAGGUGGUGCGUUUCCGUUCGGCGCCGAGAUGUUCAUUGUUCAUUUGCAUCAGUAAUUUAUUUAGUUGCCGCGUGUAGCGUUUGUGUCGAUGUAGCGCCUUUGCAGCGAAGCUACCCUGAACAACUCUGUGUCCUCACAUUCCUAGCUCGGCGUGGCGUUGCGCGAAGAGUGUUGGUUGAACCGUCUGUUCCCCGAAUCGGCCGGAUUCGCCGGUGGCUCGCGCUGGGGCGCGGCGGCGCGCGCGUUUUGUUUUACCUUCCUACUGGCGGCGUCUGUUCAAUGUCUCCCCCGAUCUGUUAUCGACGCUUAGUCGAUUGAUGGUGCUUCACCUUGACAUAUUGUUAGACUCGUCUCCAAGGACCAUCUACAUACAGCCAAACACAAUCAAAACCGCGUGCUCGUUAGGUCCUGCUGUGUGCCGCCCGCGAUAUCCAUAGCACGAGCAAUAACGGAUGGCAUUGUCGGCGCCGGCCGGGUGGGUAUUGCUGCUCGCUCGGGCAGCGGAUUGUUUGGGAGGUGCGCGCGGCGCGCCCGCCCGCUGCGCCUGGAUGUGUGGGUGGUCGUUAGGAAGGAGAUGCAGUGCUCCAUAUCAGCCGGCCCGUAGUCAGCUGGAUUCAGUAGACAAUAAACGCUUCUCCCUCCAUA